CAGGAGUGCGCCCGGCUGGUGCGGGUCUAGGGGCACAGUGUCCCGGCUCCUGGCUGCGUGCGGUGUCGCGGGUGUGCGGGUGUGUACCCUUCACGCGGCGGGGAACUGACUCAAAGUCACACUCCUAGGCAUUUGUGGCGCGGCUGGCCGCCGCCAGCCCGAGGGGGCGAACGCGAGCCCCGGCCUCUGGAGCCAGCCGCUGGGGGCCGCGGCGCCACUCCCAGAGCUCCGGACCCCUGGCUCUGGAGAAGUUACUGGGGUCGUCACCCUGCCCGCCUACCUCUCCCGCUGUCGGAACUUGAGCACACCUCCAACCCCCGGCGCCAAGGCCCUGUGCCCAGCUUCCCUUCCGGCCAACACCCCUUCCCCUCUGCACGCACGCGGUGGCGGCGGCCAGAAGUCCCUGGGUGGCUUUUUAAUGACAUAGAUAGGCAAGAGCCAGGCGCUGCCCUGAAUUCCGGCCCUGGCAGUGGCAGAGGGAGGUCCGAAGGAAAGGGCAGAGAGGACCUACUCUGGGAAUGGCAGGGACAAAUCCAUCCUGGUGGGCCCUGCUCAGGGAGGUGUGAGUGAGAUUGGGCAAGAGGCUGGGACUGCCUCAGAGAGCCCCAGGGUGCCUGCCCUGCAGCAGCUGCCUGGUCCACAGAAGCCUGAGGGCAGACUGGGCCUGCAGUGUCUGAAACACAAGUCACAGGACAGGUGGGGUGUGUCUGUUUCUUCCUCAGGCUCCCUGGUAACACUUGUCCUGCUCAAGACUUGCUGUCCCACUGCUUAAGCAUUGCCAAGGGUUAGCUCUCCUCUUCAGCUUUGGCUCAUGUAUUUAUUUUUAAAAUCCAGUUUUAAGGUAGAGAACAAGGGAGGCAGUGAGAACCUGUCCAGGCCCAGCCCCUGCCCCAGCCCAGGCCCUUCCUGGAGCUCAGGGUUCAGAUGCCUGCUGGGACUCCCGGGGCAGUUCCUCUGACACUGCCUCCACGUCUGUUAGGGAAGAAAAGCCUAAUGCCUUUGGGGCUCUUGGAAGGGAUGGAGGUGAGUGGAUGGUUCGGGUUCUUACAUUAUUCUCAGACCCAUGUCCCGGCGGCGUGGCAGUUGCUGGCUCCACUGAACUCCCCUGACAGUUUCCCAAAGCUGGGGUGGCAGUCCCCCAAGCUGCUGCCCAAGAGGUUUCCCUGGGAUGUGGAAAGAAAAUAGGAGAAAUCUUAAUUCUAUUUCUUUUCAUCUCAUCCUUUACAAAUUUUAUGUAAGUCUUAAGGUGUAGGAAUGUAUUUGUGUCGUAGUCUGGCAUCUAGUUUCUAAGUAGGUGCAUGUAUCUAUUUUGUGAGUGCACACUUGUGCCUUUCACAGAAGAGGGUGUGUACUCGGAAGUUUGGAGGGAUUGUCCACAGUAACUGAGCCAGCCCUUCGCUCUCUGGUCUCCCUUGUCUUUCUGCCUUCAUCGUCUAAUAUUCUUCCCCUUUCUUCCUCUUCUCCUGAUGCCUCCACGGUGACAUCAUUGUCCACUGCCACUCAACUUUCAGGAACCUCAGGACAGACGGCAGUGGCUGCUGAGAGCUGGCGGGGCCAUUUUGGCCCCUCGCCUGUGGCUGUCUUCUGCAGACUUGGUCUGGGAGGGGAUGGGGCAGCUGAGCCAUGUGCACCACCCUCCUCCUGCUCAGCACCUUGGCCAUGCUCUGGCGUCGCCGAUUUGCCAACCGCGUCCAACCAGAGCCCAGUGGCAUGGAUGGGGCAGUUAUGGGCAGCAGCUUGGACACAGACCUCCAGUCCUCAGUCAGGGAGAAAGAACCUCUGAAGUAACCCCUGACCUCUGCAGGUGGGGCUCAGCCCCAGAGACUGGGAUCAGCUGGCCCAGGCAGCUCAGGUCCCAGUUUGUCCUGUAGCCCAGGAGGACGCUGUGGGAGCCGAAUCAGCAGCAACAGGGAGACCAGGAAAGCAGCAGUGAGAAGGUAGACGCCUCCCUCCCAGGCCCUGGACCUGCCAGUCUUCGCUCCCCGUGAGGCCCUGGCUGUGGGGCUCCCGACCAAGACCUGGCUGGGGCUGGCACGAGGAGCAGAGAUGCCCAUUGCUCUUGGAGGAGUUCCCUUCUCUCUGAGGCUUCUCUGAGGGACUGCUGAGCCGGAGGAAGCCAGGUUAAUUCCGGGACAGCCCUGGAGCCCAGGCAAGGGGCAGGAAAAGUGAGGAGUGAGGAGACUCCAAAACCAAGGGACAGCCAGUAACUCACAUCUGCUGAUCAAGGGCUUCCAUGCACUCUCUGAUUCAAUCCUCGCAGUAACUCACACAGACUGGGAAUAUUAUCUACAUUUUAUAAAUGAGCAAACAUGUAAAGAGGUUCAAUUAUUUGCUCUAAAUCGCCUAGCUAGUAAGUGGGGGCACCAAGGCUCGCAGGGAAGCUGCAGAGCCCAUGCUCUUAACCACCAUGGCACGGCCUCCCUGACACCUAACAGUUUGCAGCUGCCUGGUGAAGGAGGGGGCGUCGGCCUGACUGCCUGUAUGUCAGCCCAGGAGCUACUCUGUUAGACCUGGGGCUGGUGGUCCAGGGCUGUGCAAGUGUCGGUUUGCCGUGGUGGUACUCACCUCCUGUGGCAUUGGCUUUUCC